AUGUGUUUUUUUUUUAUGAAUCUACGCCAGAUACUGAACGUUCACAGUUGGAACCAAGCCGAUGCUAGAAGACCCAGAGAACUUCUUUCCAUGCAUCCGCUCCCUAGACAGUCGAGGGAACAGUAA